UUUCACAUACAUACAAUUGUUCAUCGUCAAGUCAAAACCUUUAAUGAUUCUGGAUAAUCUUCAAACCUAAACAUGCUUUCCAAAUUUGCAGUAACCCAUCUGGGAUCUUUGCCUAACUUCCGUCUAAUCCCAUCUAAUCAUCAAUCGAUUAAGUGCUGUGAGAAAACGAGCUCUGCUCCUUCUCCUCCAGACAACAAGUUUCGAUUUAAGUUCAGAGGUCAAUCUCUGAAAGACAACAGAUGGAAUUUUAAGGAUAUCGACACUAAUGCUGUGCAAGAAACUGUAAAUCAAUGGGUGUCAAAGACCCAACACUUCUUAAGUGAAGUAACGUCUCCUUUGACAAAAACUGUACAGGACAGAAAGCCUAAACCUGAAGCAACAUUAGAUAUUCAAGAUUUUGAGGAUUUCUUCAGAUCAGAACAAACUGUAGAUGGGAGAAUGCCAAAUGGGAAUCUUUCUUUGUCUGCUAUUGUUUCUAUAGAGCAAUUCAGCAGGUUGAAUGGCUUGACCGGGAAGAAGAUGCAGAAUAUAUUUAAGGCUCUUGUUCCUAGGUCUGUAUAUAAUGAUGCUCGUUAUUUGGUGGAGUAUUGUUGUUUUAGGUUCCUGUCAAGAGAUAAUUCUGAAAUUCAUCCAUGUCUCAAGGAUCAAGCAUUUCGUAGACUGCUUUUCAUUACAAUGAUUGCAUGGGAAAACCCUUAUAUUGAAGGAAAAGAGUAUGCAACUUCCUCGUCUGAAAAGGCUAAUUUGCAGAGGAGGCUGGUAAGAGAAGAGGCAUUUGUUCGCAUUGCUCCUUCUAUCUCUGGUGUGGCUGAUUGGCCCACAGCGCAUAAUCUUUUCAAUGCUUUGGCUGGUGAAGAACGGGGCAUCUCUUUUAGUAUAUGGUCUGCAUAUAUUGAUGAACUACUCAAAGUGCAUGAAGGACGUAAAUCUUACCAAUUUGAAGAUGCUCAAUUCUCCGGUGAGAAAGUCUUGUGCCGUGGUUCUAGCAGAAAACAGCCUGUUCUUAAGUGGGAUAAGAACAUGGCAUGGCCAGGGAAACUUACUUUAACUGACAAGGCCCUCUAUUUUGAGUGGGCAGGCUUGGUGGGUGAUCAAAGUGCUAUACGGAUGGAUCUUUUUAAACAUGGUUUAAAGGUGGAGAAAACAAGAGUUGGACCACUAGGAUCUGAUAUUUUUGAUUCUGCAGUUUCUGUUUCUUCUGGUCCAAUAAAGUGGGUACUUGAAUUUGUUGAUUUGGGAGGAGAAAUGAGACGAGAUGUGUGGUACGCAAUCAUAUCUGAAGUUGUCGCGCUCCACAAAUUUGUUCAUGAAUUUGAACCUCAGGAUUCUGACGAAUCCAUAAAUCGCGUGUAUGGUGCUCAUAAAGGGAAAGAAAGAGCCACUGCAUAUGCUAUUAACGGCAUUGCAAGACUUCAGGCUCUUCAAUCUAUGAGAAAGCUUUUGGACGAUCCCAUUAAGCUAGUUCUCUUCUCGGACCUGCAAAGUGCACCCUAUGGCCACGUUGUGUGUCAAGCUCUUGCGGUUAAUUGUUGGGGCGGUCAAAUGGUGACAAGAGUAGCAGCUAUUGGGAACAAGGGUGUAGGCAAUUAUCAUAAUAAUAAUCCCAAUGCAGUUUCCGAAAGGAAAGAUCAUGUUUUUGACAUAGACGGGAGCGUUUAUCUUAGAAACUGGAUGACGUCUCCAUCGUGGACAUCUAAGGCUUCGGUUGCUUUUUGGAAGAAUUCUUCCGAAAGACUUGGAGGAGUCGUGUUGAAUAAAAAUCUUGUUGUUGCUGACAUGAAUUUGCUAGAGAAGUCAUCUGUUUCUUGGAAAAAUAGGUGCCGAGAAGUUGAAAAAACGCAGGCUACAAUUGAUGCUGCUACUCUUGAAGGAAUAUCCAGUAAUAUUGAUCUUUUCAAGGAGCUUGUUCUUCCCUUGACUAUUAUAGUCAAUAAUGUCGAAAAACUUAGACGCUGGGAGGAACCACAUGUAACUGCUACAUUUUUGGCGUUCACAUAUAUAGUCAUUUUCAGAGACAUGUUAUCAUUUAUAUUCCCUAUAAUGUUGAUGGGAUUCGCAUCUGGCAUGUUAUUACUAAAAGGGCUGAGGGAACAAGGCCGGCUUGGUAGAUUUUUCGGAAAAGUUACUAUUCGAGAUCAGCCACCAUCCAAUACAAUUCAAAAGAUCAUAGCUGUGAAAGAGGCUAUUCGCGAGGUUGAAAGAUUCCUUCAGAAUGUGAACGUUUCACUCUUGAAAUUUCGCUCGAUUAUUCUUGCAGGCCACUCACAGAUAACAACAGAAGCAGCCGCGAUCUUGCUGAUGGGUUCAGCGAUCCUACUGUUCGUCCCAUUCAAGUACACAUUAGCGUUUGUUGUAUUUGAUCUAUUCACUCGGGAGCUUGAGUUUCGUCAGCAAAUGGUGAUGCGGUUCAUGGCUAUUUUAAAGGAGCGAUGGGAUGCAAUCCCGGCUCUGCCAGUUGUUGUGUUACCAUACAAAGGAAACGAAGGUAGGGCGGCUAAUAACCAAUUGAAAGAACCUGAUGAAAGCAUUAACCCAGAGUCGUCUUGGGGCAGCAACAUCUAGUCUGGUCUAAGGUAAGCUUGAAGUUCUAAGAUGGUUGGUUGAAUAAGAUUGUUACUUUAUAAACGUGGAUAACAACAUAGGCUGAAUUCUUGAUAAAAAAUCCUCUCAUAGUUUGAAAUAGAACUGUUCUAUGUAUAUAAUUACAUUUUUAUGAUAAAUGCCCAAAUUUAGGAACCUUGUGCAUGUUUGUACAACACUCUUUUGGUUCAGAUUUUACCCGAUUUGUAUAUCUGAAA